GGGUGGGGAGGAGUUCUAGACUCCUCGUUGGGAAUCCAGGUCCCCCACAACUUGAGUGGCUGGAGAGGCCCAGGCUAGCCUGGACCCUGUGCUUCCUGGAGGUCCUUACCCUGAUCGCACGCUGCGUGGCCAGCACCCUCUCCGGCCUCUGGCACAGGCUGUGUUCCUGGUUAUUGCAGUCCCUCUGGCCCCAGUCUGGCCCUGGGUCCUCUCUGAGACAAAAGUUCCCCGCACCCACCUCAGCGCUGGUCCUCCACCUUUCCUGCUCCUUGUAUCUCCAGAGGGGGUCUCGGAGCUGACUCCAGCAGGCCUGGUGGCUUUGUGCAGCUGCCCACCUGGGGGCCGAGGGACUGGGAAGGGAGAGGCCGUUGCUGGGACAGGUCCCCCACCCCCCCGCCCUCACGCCUUUGAUCCUGGCCUCCAGCCUCCCAAGGGCGUCUCUGCGGCGGCCAGCCAGGCUGCUCUCAGCCCACGCGGCCCGUUGGAGCCCGGGGCCCCGUUUGCCAGACGGGCAGGCCGAGCCGGAGAAGAGUGGGCUACCCGCAGCUUCUGGGGCUGAUUCCGGCCAGUCACCCAGGGGAAGGUGCUUAGUGGUCGUUCCCUGCCCUGCCUGGCACGAGUCGGCCUGGAGACAAACAGGAAAAUCUCUAUUCCCGGAGUGGUCUCCGUGGGUUGGGGGGCUGCCAUGGGACACGUGCCCUGGACAGACCUCCCCAGACACUGGAGCUCCUGCUCUUCUUGCUAGGGAUGAGCUCAUCUUCCACUUGUCCCCUGCUCCUGCAGCCCUUGGCCCCUAGACGCCACUGAUGUACCGGUCUCUCAGGGCUCCUGGGUCCCUCAAGCGUGGCCAGGGUGGGUGGCAGCCAGGGGACCGGGCAGAUACCAGAUAUGCGAGGAACCAGGACAUUCCAAAGUUUUUUUUGUUUUUUUUUUUAAUCUUUUUAAUGUUUAUUUAUUUUUGAGAGACAGAGACAGAGCAUGAGUGGGGGAGGGACAGAGAGAGGGAGACACAGCAUCCGAAGCAGGCUCCAGGCUCCGAGCUGUCAGCACAGAGCCCGACGCGGGGCUUGAAUUCACGAACCGCGAGAUCAUGACCUGAGCCGAAGUCGGACGCUCAACCGACUGAGCCCCCCAGGCGCUCCUGGACAUUCUGAAGUUCUUGGUGUCCUUCUCUUCUCUGGGUGGGGCCCAGACCAGGGGUGGGAGGUGCCCUACCCUACCUGCCCUUCCCAUCCCCCCCAGGAUAGAGACUUGGCCUGGUCUAUGGAGAGGAGGCCCUGGCUUUCCCAGGUCAGGAGGCGGCACCUGCCCCGGGCGCCUGGCUCUUGCUAUGCUAGGGACUGAGGGCUGACUGCCGGCCUGGACCCCGGGUCAGGACUGCUCAGCUUGCCCUGCCUGGGUCAGCCUGAAGAGAGCGGCCAGGACUCUGCGAGCCCCAUGGUGGUGGCUCUCUCCCAAACCUCGCUCCAACAGUGAGGUGGACUGGCCAGCUGUGGCCUGGGUCAGAGCCUGAACAGCAGGGCCGGCUGGGGGGCCAAGGCCACCAGCUCACACACUCAUGUCCAACACAAAGCAAGGCCUGUGCCUGUCCUCCCCCCUGGUUUCGCAUGGUUCUGGGACUCUCGAGAAGCCCCACAGAGAACUCGCUGCUCUUCACUGCUGCCCGCCUCAGCCAGGGCCAGGCCUCUGUUGGGACUUGUGGGGCUGGUCUUGUGUAUACACAGGUGUGCCCAUCUGCUUGGGAACAGGGUCCAGUGGGAGGGGACACGGUCGCUCUAAUAACAGAACCCAGACCACGGUACCUGGAUAUCAGGCCCCGAGCCCUUGUCCUGUGUCUCAUCUUGGUCUGGGUCCCCAGGGGUGGCCCGCGGUGCCCCGUUGCCACUUUUCUUGUGUGUACCCUGAGUCCUGCCCAAGGUGGCCUGGGUCCUGAGGUUCCCCGAUGUCCGCUGGGGGCAGUAGGGCAGGACUCAUUAGGGCCCGGUGGCCAGCUCACUAGCCCUGUUCCCUGGCCCUGCAGCCGCCUGAGGCCUUGGGGCCUGAGUUCUCAGAUGCCCACAUGACAUGGCUGAACUUUGUCCGGCGGCCAGAUGAUGGGGCCUCGAAGAGACGGUGCCGGGGCCGGGACAAGAAGUCGCGAGGCCUCUCUGGCCCCCCAGGGCCUCCUGGGCCCCCUGGGCCCCCCGGCCCCCCCGGUGCAGCAGUCAACCAGGAGGCCCUGUUGCGAGAGUUUCAGGAGAUGCUGAAAGAGGCCACCGAGCGCCGGUUCUUGGGGCUGCUGAGCCCCUUGCUGCCUGAAGGGACAGGCAGGUGGCUGGUGGCUGAGGCCUUCCACUGUGGACUGAAGGGCCCUACAGUGGUGGACGAGAGGACACUGCUGGAGCUGCGUGGCUUCCAGGCUCCCACUGCCCAGGGCGCCUUCCUGCGGGGGUCCGGCUUGAGCCUGGCCUCGGGCCGGUUCACAGCCCCAGUGACCGCCAUCUUCCAGUUUUCUGCCAGCCUGCACGUGGGUGAGUGGGGCCGGCCCCCAGACCUGGGUCCUUUGCUACAACCCCACCUCCCUGGGGGUCUCACUCAGGGCCACCCUCCCCCAGCCCUCAGCCGCUCCUGGGCCUACAUCUGGCAGUGCGUCCUGAAGGCCCCCAGUCCCAGCCCCCUGCCCCUCUCUGCUCCGUCCUCCCUGAGGGCUGUUGCAGGCCAGGCCCUGUCUCCACAGACCACAGGGAGCCGCAGGGCAGGCCACGGCUGCGGGCUCGGGACACAGUGCGGGCGCUCGUCUGCAUCGAGUCCCUGUGUCAUCGACACAUGUCCCUGGAGGCCAUCUCGGGCCUGGAGAGCCGAGGCAGGGUCUUCACCAUGCAAGUCCAGGGUCUGCUGCACUUGCAGGCUGGACAGUACGCCUCCAUCUUUGUGGACAACGGCUCUGGGACAGCCCUCACGAUCCAGAGUGGCUCCAGCUUCUCCGGCCUGCUCCUGGGCACGUGAGGGCCAGACAGGGUCCCCCACCCGCCCCCCACUGUCCUCUGUAAAACCUCUGGUGACAGCAAUAAAGAGCUCUCAGCCCUCCCUGUCGCCUGGUCACUGUGUAGUCAUGGGGGUGGGGGGCGCAGGUGUGGCCCUGGAAGGACGUGUGGCCUCAUGUCCGGCCUGGAGGCAGCGAUCUGUGGACACGUGAAGGGCCAGGGGCCCAGACCCGUUCAGCACCAGAAGUUGGUCAGAUGGUGGCCAGAUGCCGCGUGCCGUGCCUGUCUGGGGUGCGGAGCGCGAGGUGGGGAGCCCUUGGGAGGGCCUUGUCCCGUGGGGCAGGUGCGGGGAGCCCACGGGUGUGGGCCACACACAAGAUUGCACGUGCGCGUGCAGGUCACCAAACCCCACACGUGAGCCCAGAGGGCGUUCCUGCCCACGCUGGGGUGCUGAGUGCGCCUGUGUUUGCGGGGCGGGGCCCAGGGUGGUCCAGGCCCAGGCCGGCAGGGCACCUCGCUGACCCCACUUCUCCUUGGUGGCUGCCGCCAUCAGGUGGGUGCAAACCCCAGGUGGGGCGGCCAAGGCCGUGCCCGCCCGUCCUGUGGGUUUGGGGCCCUCUACCCCUACCCCGUCUUGGCUCCAGCAAACCCAGACCAAAGAAUGUAAAUCGAUCUUGGGAUGUCUGGGCCUCCGCAGAGCUGCUGAGAUACUAUCUCUGGUUGGCACCUGGGUCCUCGGCAGGCGGCCCCACCUGGAGGGCUGAGGUGAGGCCCCUGACCCCUCCACAGAAGCCUGGGGGCCGGAGGUGGGGCUCGGGUCCGCAGCAGCAGGGCCUGAAGCCCCAUUUCCAAGGCUGAGCAGGGAAGGGCCUCUUUCACCCUGUAGACGGAGGGACGGGGCAGG